AAACACAGUCACUGCUAAAGCUGCCUUCGACAUCGCCGCGCUCUCACCUUUUUUUCCCCUACACUAUCUCUCAAUGGAGUAUGGCGUUUUUCUAGGUCCAUAGCAACUGCACUGAAAGCAGACAAGCUAUUUGUCUUUUUUUUUUUAGAGGAGCAACCAUUUUAACCUUCCGCCACGGCAGACAGACCCAUCGGCUGUCAUCGAAAUCCAUUUGGUGAAACUUAAAGCUCAGGCUAGGUUUCAUGUUAGGAUGUUUUAACCAUUUCCACAGGACGGAUAUCUUCGCUAAGCUUACUUCGCCUGUCAUCGACAAUCGAUUUUAGUUUGUGCCAUAGAUGUUAGGUGAAGCAUAUCCACUGUAUGUUAUUGCACAGUUGUUCAAGUAGCAGAAUUCAGCGACUUCUCAGUUGCUGAGCACCCAAACAGAAAAACGGCUUCGGCACUGAGGUAGCAAAGGCGGAGGAAAACCCCGAAAGUCGCAGGAUAUGGAGUCCACAAAAGCUGGGGGCGUAAUAGCCUACAUCAGCUCCUCCAGCUCUGCGUCCAGCCCGGAGUCAUGCCAUAGCGACUCCUCUGACGGCAGCUACCAGUCGUCGUCUCCACCCCACUCAUCCUCUCCGAGCCACCGCCAGUCGGCUCAACCAGCCAACCCUGUGCUCCCGGCCGGCAGCCAGAACCUUCCUGGGCCUCAGAAAACUGGCCGCUCCUCCUCUGCCACUAAAUGUGGCAUCACAAAGAUCAACGGCCUGGUGCUGCUGUGCAAAGUGUGUGGUGACGUGGCCUCUGGUUUCCACUACGGUGUCCAUGCCUGCGAGGGCUGCAAGGGCUUCUUCAGGAGGAGCAUCCAGCAGAACAUCCAGUAUAAGAAGUGCCUUAAGAACGAGAGCUGCCCCAUCAUGAGGAUCAACAGGAACCGCUGCCAGCAGUGCCGUUUCAAGAAGUGUCUGAUGGUGGGAAUGUCCAGAGACUCUGUGCGCUUUGGUCGGAUCCCCAAGCGAGAGAAACAGCGCAUGCUGCUGGAGAUGCAGAGUGCCAUGAACAACAUGAUGAACAGCAGCCAGCUGCACAGCCAGCUCCACAGCAGCCAGACGCUCCCCAUCGCCAAACCACUACCUGCCUGCUCAGUAGAGCCCACCUCCAAGGACACUGGCCCCGCCCCUUCCUGCUCUCCCUCUUCCUCGCCCCGCUCCAGCCAAUCGGACUCCAGCUCCGACCCGGAACCUGCGGUAGCCAUGGACAUUAGUCCCAGCUCAGCCUCAUCCAGCGCGUCAGACAGCGGUGAGGAGGAGGUGAUCGGAUCGGUGACCAGGGCCCACCAGGAGACCUUCAUGUACAACCAGGAGCAGAGCAGCCUGGCGGCCGAGGCCUCCGGUCCCCCAUGCCUCCAGGACUGCGGCUCCCCAAAAACCACCACCAACACUAGGAUAGAGGAGAGACAGGAAGCCUGGAACAAUCAGAAUAACUUGGUCAGCAUGGCAGCCCAGGAUCCUCCUUCUAGCCUGGGACCCCAAGGCCCCAACGGCCCCCGCCUAGAGGACAACACCCCCAACCACUGCCCUUACAGACUGUCCAGCAGCACUGCCGCUGGCCACUGUCCAGCCUAUGCACACGGGUCAUUCAAAGGUCAGUUCACCGAGGCUCCAUCCAGCGCAGGCUUCAGUGGGCAGCUGUGGAGAGGAGGCAACAGGAUGCAUCUGGUUUGUCCGAUGAACACGUCUCCUCAUGUGGACCCUCAGAAGUCUGGCCACGGGGUGUGGGAGGAGUUCUCCCACAGCUUCACCCCUGCUGUCCGGGAGGUGGUGGAGUUUGCCAAGAAGAUCCCUGGUUUCAGAGACCUCUCUCAGCAUGACCAGGUCAGCCUGCUGAAGGCUGGCACCUUUGAGGUGUUGGUGGUCCGCUUCUCUUCUCUGUUUGAUGUGAAGGAUCGUACUGUGACCUUCCUGGGUGGGAAGAAGUACAGCGUGGACACCCUGAGGGCCAUGGGCGCCGGAGACCUCCUCAACUCCAUGUUUGACUUCAGCGAGAAGCUCACAAACCUCGGCCUGAGCGAGGAGGAGAUGAGCCUCUUUACCGCGGUGGUUCUAGUCUCUGCAGAUCGCUCCGGGAUUGAGAACGUGAACUCGGUGGAGGCCCUGCAGGAGACGCUGAUCCGUGCACUGCGGAGUCUCAUCACCAAGAAUCACCCCAACGAGUCUGCCAUAUUCACCAAGCUGCUGCUCAAGCUGCCGGACCUGCGCUCCCUCAACAACAUGCACUCUGAGCAGCUGCUGGCCUUCAAGGUCCACUCCUGAGCUUUCCCACAGGACCUGCCUGGUGCUGGGCCCAGGCCUGACUCAGCGGUUGUGACCGGACCCAUGGAGGCUGAAUUUGCUCAUCAGAAGCAGGGACCACCGGCUCCCUUCACCUCCACACAUCCACACCUGGUCCGAGUCUUCACCCGUGCAGGUUUUGGGCCCCAUAGAUUCUUUUCCUCACCUCAGAAAGAUGAACUAAUGUGCAAGAUGUCAUUUGAAAAGGGCGAGAAAGACCAUUAUGUUAUUGUACUGUAGGGCUGAAAUGCCUCUGUUGUGGUAAUGCAUACAUACAGACACACUGAUUGAUGUAUAUGUUUCUCAUGUUUGUGUGUAGCAUAUGUUUGCAACUGUACAAAUGUUAGAAGCACCUUUUUGUAUAGUGUAGACUUGUAUUUUUGCAUUGAUAGUGCAAUAUGUGACUGCUUUUGACUUGAGCUGUAUAGGUUUUCUUCACUUGUGUAUAUUUUUUAGGUUGUGGCGGCACACAUUGAUUUGGAUAGAUGCUGUGCUUACAAGACAAGGGGAAGCCGUAAACUUAACCCCACCCCCCCAGACGAUGAAUGCUAAAGAGGAGAGUCGAGACUCCUCUCUAAAAACAAAAAAGCAGUUGACAAUGAGAGAGGAAUGUGAAAGCAAAGCUAUUGAGAGUCCCAACUUUCCAGUCAGCCGAAAACUUACCAAGAAUGUUGCUUAGAGGUUCGCUCAUCCGUCUGAAUAAAUUUGGAAAGCAAAAGGA